GACUUCAAUCAUUUAAGUUUGAUUUUCUUAAGGAUGACGGAUCAAUCACGUUGGAAAGCAACCGUUUACGUUGGUGGCCUAGCACCCAUGGUCACCGCUGAACAUCUUCACGCUGCAUUUUUACCCUUCGGGGAAAUCGCUGAUGUCUCUCUACCUAAACCAGAAAGUCCAAACUCAACGGAACUUCAUCGAGGUUAUGGUUACGUGGAGUUUGAAGAUCCAGAAGAUGUCAAGGAAGCUAUCGACAAUAUGGAUCAGUCUGAGCUCUUUGGAAAGGUGAUUAAAGUCAACGCUGCAAAGCCCCCGAAGAAUGUGAAUGAGGGUCUGGGUAGCAAGACGGCAUUGUGGGAGCAGGAGGGCUGGUUAGCGGAACACGCUGUCAGUGAAGAGGAUAGACUGGCAGCAGAAAGAGCGAAAUCAGGGGUGGAAGAUAGACCUGAAGACCCUAUGCAAGGCCUGGAAGGAUUAGACGUUGCUGGGCCAAAACCGGCAUGAGCGGCAAUCUGGGGCAUAGUUCUAGGUGGUGUUUUGAACGAGGUUCUGGGUUUCAUCAAGGCGUUUGUUUAAGGUGGCAGGCAAAAUCUCUAGGAGUUUCAAGGCGGUCAAUAUAUGAAUCACAUGCAUUUGGUUGCCAGAGAUCCAGUCAAUACAAUGUGUGUUGGUAUGGAACAAGGCUGGUUUGCUUUAUACAGAUCCUCCGAGGCCUUCGCUAU